AUGACCUCGUUGUCAACUAUUUUUCAUAUGAUCCUCAUGUCAGCAGAAUUUUUCAUAGGGAUUAUAGUAAAUGGGUUUCUUAUAAUCAUGAACUGUAAUGAUUUGGUCAAAAGCAGAAAGCUAAUACCAAUGGAAAUUCUCUUACUGUGUAUAGGGAUAUCUAGAUUUGGCCUGCAGACGAUGCUAAUGGUACAAUGUUUUUUCUCUGUGUUCUUUCCACUUGCUUAUGAUGCUAAUAUUUAUAAUGCAAAGAUGAUGUUCUUUUGGAUGUUGUUUAGUGCUAUCAGUCUCUGGUUUGCCACCUGCCUUUGUGUAUUUUACUGCCUCAAGAUUUCAGGCUUCACUCAUACCUAUUUCCUUUGGCUGAAAUUCAGGAUUUCAAAGCUCAUACUUUGGUUACUUCUGGUCAGCUUUCUGGCCUCUUUGGGCACUGCAGCUGUAUGCGUUGUGGUAGAGUUACCUAAAACUGAGUAUGAUGGUAUCUUCAAAAACAGCACACAAAACAGGACUACAGUCAAUACAAAGAAAAAUAAUGAUUUGCUUCUUGUUAACUUGGCACUAGUACUUCCUCUCACCAUAUUUGUGAUGUGUACUUCUAUGUUAUUCAUUUCUCUUUACAAGCACACUCAUCGGAUGCAAAGUGGAGCUCAUGGUUUUUCAAAUGCCAAGACAGAAGCUCAUCUCAAUGCCUUAAGAACAAUAAUAACAUUCUUUUGCUUCUUUAUUUCAUAUUUUGCUGCCUUUAUGGCAAAUAUGACAUUUAGAAUUCCUUACAGAAGUCAUCAAUUCUUUGUGGUGAAGGAAAUAAUGGCAGCGUUUCCUGCUGGUCAUUCAUUUAUAAUCAUCCUGAGUAAUUCUAAGCUCCAACAACCAUUCAGGAGAAUUUCUUGCCUCAAAAAGAAACAAUAA